CAAACAAAUACUAAAAUACUUUUAACUUUAGUACUUGAUAAUAAUCAUGGUUAACGCGUUCAACGAUACUAUAUUACUGUGUAUCGCUACACAUCGCUGCCCCUGCAGCAGCAGCUAGAAUAUUCGUUUUGUAGUUUAAAGGAUAGUAAUGGCUGAUCCUCGUAUUAAGACUCUAAAGAUCAAAACUGGAGUAGUGAAAAGAUUAACAAAAGAGAAACUUAUGUAUAUACAAGAAACUGAACAACAACAGGAAAAGGUUCAGAAAUUGAAAGAGGCUGGAAUUGAUGAAAGUACAUUUAAAAAGCAAGAAGAAGUAUUAAGAGAGUCACAGAUGAUGAUACCGGAUACUCAAAGAAGAUUAAAAGCCGCUUUUGAAGAUUUGAAAAGUGUUGUAGCUGAUUGUGAAGAGCUUAAAGAAGAACCCGAUUAUAUAAACGCUCAAAAGUUUUUAGCUGAGGCUGAAAAAGAAAUUAAUUAA